UAAAAUUUAUUUUCUUUUAGCAUUUCUCACUUUCCAUCUAAAGGAUGUCACUGAUGAGACUUGGAUAGGAUUAAAUGAUAAUAAUUCAUAUGUUUGGACAGAUGGAAGCCCUUAUGAUUAUGCAUGUUGGGCAAGAGGAUUCCCUUUGGAUAAAUACAGUAGAGUUGGCUGGAAGACUGCCUGUAUUGCAAUGACGAUAAGAUCUGUAAAUGAAGCAGGGAAGUGGGAGAACGCAGACUGCCGUCACAGCAAAAGCUAUAUUUGCCAGAUGGACAGCAAGCCUGAACUAUUCCAUUCCACAAUUGCUCCAGAUUCUGACUUCUUCCGUUAUGGUAACAGUAGCUAUUUAAUCAUUCCUUCUAAAAUGAGUUGGGAAGAAGCAAGAAAAGCCUGCAGGGAGAAAUCUUCAGAGCUUGCCAGCAUUUCAGAUUAUUACAGUAAUAUAUUUCUCCUGCUCCAGGCAGCACAAUAUGGCAAGCCCUUAUGGAUUGGACUCAACAGCAAUAUGGGUUAUGGAUACUACAGAUGGAGCGAUAAACGGAAAAUUGAUUUUUCUAAUUGGCACUAUGGAGAACCAAAAGAGAAAAUAGCAUGUGUCUUCCUAGAGCUUAGUGGGGAAUGGAAAACAGCACCUUGUAAUGAAAAACACUUUUCUGCCUGCAAAAAAUCUGAGGAUAUACUUCCUUCUGAUCCUCCACAGGAUAUUGGAAGAUGUCCUCAGUCAGGUCACAUAGCUUGGAUUCCUUUCCGAAGCUACUGCUAUUACUUUAAUGCCAAUGAAAUGAGCUGGGUUCAGUCUGUGACUCAAUGCAUUCAGUCAGGUGGAAUGCUGACUUCUGUAGAAGACUUGGCUGAAUCCAACUUCCUGGCGGAACAUGCAGACUUAUACACAAGCAAGACAAGUGGCUUUUGGAUAGGAUUAUACAGAAAUAUAAAUGGGCAGCUGCUCUGGCAGGACAGCAGUGCGCUGGACUUUGUCAACUGGGGUGAAGCGGAGCCCUUGGAAGAGCAGCGUGAGAAUGAGUACUGUGUGCAGCUCUCUGCCUCCUCUGGGUCCUGGAAUAGCAUCCCUUGCUCCUCCAGAAAGGGGUUUAUCUGUAAGACACCAAAGACUAUUCCUGAAGCAGUUGCAAAUGUGAAAGGUGGCCAAAAGGACAACAAUCAGAGCACUGUUUGGAUACUCCUUAUUCUGGUUCUCGUCAUUUUAGUAGGCAUGGGCAUCAUGGUUUAUUUCUUCUUCAAGAUGAAAAUCCAGAAUGAGGCUGACCAAGCAGCGGGGCAGCACAGCAUGCUGCUGGAGUACAGCAGUGCCCCGGCCAGAGAGAACAAUGAAAACAAUCCUGCCAGCAGCUAAGGAGGAAGUGAACGCAGUGCUGUGUAAUGUGAUAACACAGCUACUCUAUAAAUCCAAGCUUGAAAAGUAACCUAGCUAGAACAAACAAAUCUUAGUAGAAGUUGCAUGUACCAACAUACAACUUGAACUAAAGCAGCAAUUAUUCUUUUUGUAUGGGUUGGGCACUAUAGAGCAUCUGUAAGUGAGAUAUCUGUUCUUCAUUCAUGGCUUCAACUUAGAUUAGACAUACCCUACAACUUUGAAUAUAUUGCAUUAACUAUGAGACUAUAAAGGAUCUGUCUAUCUGUAAAUAAAAGAUCUAUAUCUUAUGUAAUGGUACUUAAGUGUUGUUGAAUUAGCAUAUGGAGAUGUUAUCUGAUUGGUGAUUUAAUGUGUCACUAAGCUUGAGAGGCUAACAGGAAGAAACAUGAAAACAAGUCAUAUAACUAAGAAGAAAUAUAAAUAAGCCAUAAAAUAACAUAUAUGACAAAUAAAGCUGUUAGAGUCUAUUCCUGUUUUUAUUUCGCUUGGCAGCUCAUUUUUGGAUGUCUUCUCUCAUUAUCCUUCAGCUCUCUGACUGAGCUGAAGGCAGGACACUGUGUCCAUGCCUCUCCUGAGAAAACAGCCCAGCAAGGAGCUGAGCAUAGAGCAGUACAUUGGCAGCGUGCUGCCUUACAGGAUUACUGUGCUGUUUGUUGUCUCUAAAAUCCAUAUGUAUGGCUAACUGCAAAAUGAAACAAAAAAGAUUUCAAGGAUUUCUGGGGAAAACAGACCCUUGAAAAGCUCAUAAGAACUGUACAAGAGAGGUCAUUGGGAAGGAAAGAUGCCUAUGAUAUUAGACUCAUGGCUGGCAGAUGUUGCUGUCAAACGAAAAAUAUUGUAGAGAUCAGGGAAUGAAGGGCAUUCUGUGCUUGAGAUAUUUUUACUGAGCCCUGUUCAUCUUGCACAUUUUUUUCCUUUGUAUAAAUUACAACAUGUACCCAUGUUUAUCUUUUUUUUAAGUACUGACACUGAUUUCAGUCAAGUGCUGCUUGAUGGCCAGUGAUAUACCAUAAGCAAACAAAAAAAGUAAACAAAUGAAUAAAACCCCCAUAAAUAUAACAAAUAAUGUCAUUAUAGAUCUCAUAUUUUGAUAGCUGAUAUUGGUAACACACCUCUGUACACUAUAAAUGGUUUUCUUCUCACAUAUUAAGUGACGCUUUAGCUGUGCAGAAUUUAUUAUGAAUUUGUCUAAAUAACAAAGCUGCAAAAAGUAUGAGAAAUUCUGAAGGCAAUUUCUGCUGAAUAUUUUUCCUUCAAAACAAAGGAUUUUAUUUUUCCUUACACCAUGGCUAAAUUUGAUUUUCUCUUAGUAAAGAGUUACAGUUCAUUUCUUUGAGAUUAUUUCUCUUUCUUUGUCUCACACUUGGUGCAAUAAAUGAAUUUUUAAGUGUUAAAAUACAUUCACACUUUAUGGAUUAAAUACUUUUGAAAGGUUGCUUCCUGUAUGGAAACUGUUGAGUCACAGCCUGAACCACUGAUUGAUCACCUGAGACAAGCACUGAGUCAGUCAUGGGAGCACAGGUGAAGGCGAUUCAACUGUGUGACUGGAAGGGGUGGAGCCUGGCUGCACCUCUCUUAGAUCCCCUGACUGCCGCUGGGGAUGGAUCUCCUUUUGGAGAUCCCUCCUUUUACAUUUUUCUACUGCUGGUCUAGGACACAGGUGAGCAUUUCAUUUUUGAUUGUCUCUUUCCACCACGAUAAUCUUUCUAACUAAAAACCUAUGAAAUACUAUUCUAACCGUGCUACUCUUCUAACUGUACAUUUGCGUUCUGUACAUUUUCAAACUGUUUUGUUGUUAAAAUUACUGGUUAACAGAAAGAUUUGUGAAGAUUUGGCUAAUUUGUAUUGGCUCUCCUGAGUCAAAUUCAUGUGAAAUUAUGGCACUGUAUUUUUACUGUUUGUCACUGAAAAUGAAGGUUCAGAUGCGAAGUGUGAAUUCUGUAAUUAUUUAUAUAUUUGAAAAAUAUCACGUGACAGGAUAUUUCCUUAUUUAGCAUCAAGUUUUUUCUGUCAAACAAAAUUCUCUAAAGCUGAGAAGGACCCAGCACCAAUUUUUAUUUUAACAUUUCUACUGCAGCAUUAAGCUUAUCUCUUUGUGAUUAAGAAGAAAGAAAUGAAAUACUUGACUUCUGCAAUCUUAAUUUUCUUCUCUUUCAUUACUACUGAUUUUCUGGCAAUUGACAAUGAAAUAUUUUUAAUAUAUAAUGAGGAUAGUAAGCUGUGCCUAAUUGCUCAGAGUUCUCAUGCAGUCACAAUAGCUGCUUGCAAAAAAAACAGUGAAUUACAGAAAUUCAGGUGGGUGUCCGACCACCAGGUGAUGAGCGUGGCAUUUGCACAAUGUCUGGGAGUGCACUACAAGCAAGACCAGGCUAAAAUUUCUUUGUAUCCCUGCAACAAAGAAAGUGAAUUCCAAAAAUGGGGCUGCAGAAACUCAAGCUUGGUAAUCCUUGGAGAGAACUUAUUUCUCAGUGUUGGUAAAAGAAAGAAAGAUCAUGUUGUACUGGACUCAGGAUCAGAUACAAUGAACAAAUGGAAGAUCUAUGGAACCAUGGAUGACUUGUGUUCUCAAGGCCAUAAAGAUCUAUUUACGCUGCUAGGAAACUCCCAUGGAGCUCCAUGCACCUUCCCUUUCCAACUGAAUGGGAAGUGGUAUGCAGGGUGCACAGAUGCUGGCCGGUUGGAUGGCUUGCUGUGGUGCGCAACGACCCCCAACUUUGACAUUGACCACUUGUAUGGGUUCUGUCCCAUUGGCAGUAAGUCCUAAAUGCUGAUGUAGGUGCUGUAAUGCAACGCUAUUAG